AUGGACUACGACGUAAUCGCCAAUCAGCCUGUGGUGAUUGAUAAUGGAUCCGGAGUCAUCAAAGCCGGAUUUGCUGGAGAACAACAGCCGAAGGUUCGAUUUGCCAACUUUGUCGGACGACCAAAAUACCACAGAGUGAUGGCUGGGGGGCUUGAAGGCGACAUCUUCAUAGGUCCAAAAGCUGAGUCCAACCGUGGAUUGUUUUCCAUCGAGUAUCCGAUGGAACACGGAAUCGUGAACAACUGGAGCGACAUGGAGAAGAUUUGGGAAUACAUUUUUGGUCCAGAACAGUUGCAGAUUUUCCCUGAAGAACAUCCAGUUCUGCUGACUGAUGCCCCACUGAAUCCACUGAAAAAUCGUGAAAAGUCAGCCGAAAUCUUCUUCGAAACAUUCAAUGUUCCUGCACUGUAUAUUCAAAUGCAAGCAGUUCUUUCGCUUUAUGCCACUGGAAGAACGACAGGAGUUGUUUUGGACUCUGGAGAUGGAGUCACACAUGCUGUCCCAAUCGUUAAGGGUUUUGCGAUGAAGCAUGCCAUUCAACGAAUGGACUUGGCUGGUCGUGAUGUAACGGAAUAUCUCCGUGUUCUUCUUCGCCGUGAAGGCUACGAAUUCCACCGUAGUAACGAAUUUGAAAUUGUCAGAGAAAUCAAAGAAAAUUCAUGUUACUUGGCAUCCGAUCCGACUAAAGUUGAAAGUAAUGCUGUGAAGCAAGUGUAUUCUCUUCCAGACACAACUAAAAUCGAGCUCUCAAACUCGCGUUUCCGUGCUCCAGAAGUGCUUUUCAAGCCUGAUUUGAUUGGAACUGAAUGGCCUGGAAUGGCGCACCUUGUCAAUCAAUCCAUUAUGAAAUGCGACAUUGAUCUCCGGCAAACGCUUUAUAGUAACAUAGUUUUGAGUGGAGGAACAACAUUGUUCAAGGGAUUCGGAGAUCGCUUGUUAGGGGAAGUCCGUAAAAUUGCUCCUUCCGAUGGCAAGAUCAGAAUUUCGGCAUCACAAGAACGCCUGUCUCUCACAUGGAUCGGGGGAUCAAUCGUUGCAAGUCUUGACACUUUCCGAAAAAUGUGGCUCGGAAAGAAAGAAUAUGACGAUGUUGGAGCAUCAGCCAUGCACAAGAGAGCAGAAACCCGCCGAUCCGCAGCUGACGAUGAUCUGGAUAUGGCAGCUGCGGAGCUUAUUUUCAGAGAGAAAAACGUCUUGAAAACAGGAUCAGAUCGUAUAGAGGGACCACCCAGAAAGCUUCCAUUCGGAACGGAACACGCAUCAGAAAUUGAGAAAACAAAAGAACAUAUCGGUGCUCCAUCAGCUGAACCAACGUUUUCAGAACUUCAAAAAACACAUUUAGAAGAUAUCGAAAAAGAAGAAGGAACAUUGAAGAGUAGUAUGGUUGGAGAAGGACCUGAGAAACUAGAAGAGAGCGAAGGAUUCCUACAAAAAGAGGCUCCCAGAGCUCAUUCUUUAGAGAAAAAUGUGUUCUCAGGAGGAGUAAAUGAUGGAGAAACGUCAUCAGUCUCCUCUGGUUUCGCAAGUUGGCAAAAACCCCUGCAAUCACAUGGCCGUUUAAUUGCGUUCGACUUCAAUGUGAAUCCAGAAUAUCCUCAAUUUGCUCCAAGAGCACGUGGAUUGGUUGGAAUUCCAGAUGGAUGGAAUCUCGAUAAACAAAUAGACGAGGAGUUCAGAUCAGGAUUCCGAAAAGUUGAUUUCAGACGUCGUUUCUUCAACUGA